CAACUGAGCACUGGACAGAGUAAAAACAAUUGCAAGAGAAAUCACAAGAUUGAAAAAGUGUUUUUCCUUCUUAAUUUUAUAAAUUGAAAAUAGUUUGUGUUUCAAUUUUUUUUUUUUUUAAAUAAUGGACAAAUCAUACGUGAGAAUAAAGGAAGAACCAGCGGAAAAGUCGUUUCGAUUUCGGUAUGAAUCGGAAGGGCGAUGGAGCGGUUCAAUUCAUGGUGAGAAUUCAACACACGACAAAACCACCUAUCCAUCAAUCGAAAUAAGCAAUUGCACUGGUUUUGUGGCCAUAUGUAUAUCUUGUGUUACAAACGAAAUACGACCAAAACAACAUCCGCAUAAGCUGGCAACGAAAUCAUUGUCAAAUACCGGUGAAAUAUGGCGAAGUGUAAAAAUCGAAGCAUCAAAAGUGGUCGAAUUCAAAGAUCUUUGCGUUAUAUUUGUGAAGAAGCAAGAUAUUAAGAAAUCAUUGGAGCUACGACGACGACAAAAUAUUGAUCCGACAAAAGGUGGAUGGGAUCAAAUGAUGAAGCCGCACUUGAUUGAUUUGCAUUGUGUUCGUUUAUGUUUUGAAGUGUUGCUUUCGAAGACUGGUUCGUAUUCGGAAAAUCGAAAUGAUUGGAAGAGUUUGGGGCACGUCAUUUCGAAACCGAUUUUAGACAAAAAAAGCAAUGGCCUACUGAAAAUUACCGAAAUAAGCUCGCAAAAAGCACCAGUCACCGGUGGUAAACAAAUCAUUUUAUUAUGCGAUAAAGUAAAACGUGAAGAUAUUUCGGUUGUAUUUUAUGAAGAAGAUGCCGAUCGCAAUCAGAUUUGGCGAGAAGAAAUUCAGUACAAAAAUUCAACGACGAUGAAAGUACAUCAUCAAUAUGCAAUCUCUUUUAAGACGCCAAGAUAUGAUAGAUUUGAUUUUGGAGGCACACGCAGAACAUUCAUUCAACUAUGUCGACCGUCGGAUGGGGCAUGCAGUGAUCCAAUUGCAUUUGAAUUCACUCAGGUCGCACAAAGUAUUCAAUUGCGUCGCAAAAAACAGAAGAAAAUGAGCGAAGAGCUAUCGAAGGAGUUAUUAAAAUCUAUCACAAAAACGAAAAAACCAGAAAAAACAAAAUGUGGCCAAGUUGAUAACGCCUUAAUGGACACGAACCGAAACAAUGCUGUUGAACGUAUGAUACCCCAGACACUCAUUGAUUUAGUUGAAAACGAAAAAGAGAAUAUUCAUGUUAAUAUACCGAUGAACAAUCAAACACAUGUACAAGCGCAAAAUAUCUAUCAAGGAUCAGUGCAAAUGAAUCAGUUUCAGCAACCGAUUGUAAAUACAAACUUAUAUGAGGGACAAUGUAAUAAUUAUUUAAAUUCAUAUGGAUAUUUUGGUGAGCCAUCAAAUUUACAAACAACAUACAAUCAUGGUCGUAAUACUUUACCUACCAUGUAUCCACAACAACAUCAACAACAGCAGCUACAUCAUCAACAUCAACACCACCACCACCACCAACAACAACAACAACACCAACAACACCACGAACACCAGCAUCCGCAACCAUUUGGAAAUAUUUAUCCAAAUGGGCACGAUUAUAUGGAUCGUUUUACCGUGAUGCCUACUCAAACAUCUACCGUGCACACAUUGAAUCCGGACAAAAACUAUAUGCCUUCAACCUAUAAUAAUACAAAUAAUAUUUCAUCUAACAAACCGAUUGAAUGUCCUGUAAAUAAUACACAAGGAAUGAAUCAAAAUUCCACAUUAUCCGAAUUACUCGCGGACAACUCUCUCCUGAAUUUAGACUCAUCGGUAAUGAAAAUGUUGGAUGUCGGCGAAAUCAAUGAUAUUACAAAUAGUUUGGAAAUUAUCACACUAAAUGGAAAUGAUUGAUGCAAAUCUGUACACCAAUAUCACUCAGAUAAAUGAAAAGAAAUUGUAUAAAAAAUUUUUUUGGUAUCGUGAAUUUGUGUUUAUUUCAUAAUUUUAACACGAUAUAUAAUUCAUCGAUAACCUAUUGUGUUUUUAGGAUUUAAGAAGUAUGUAUAACUAAAUCGCACAAAGUCUAGGGAUCUCUACUGCCAGAGCAAACUG